AUGAAGGAAGACAUAGCGAAGCUCAAGUACGGCCAGAGUGUGCCGAAUGACCUGAAGGUGAGCAAGUGGACAGCCCUCGUGCUGUACUCCGUAGUGUCGGCAUUGGCAACCUUCGUACACGCAGGAUUCAGUAGCUGGCAGCCAAUUAUAUACAAGUCAGGUGCCUUUAGUGAAUUAUGUUCACCAACGGAUGAGAUGCGAGAAUUCAAGGUGGAUGCAAAUAUAUCUUAUAUGACAUGUGGGAACCGAGACGUAGCUGUGAACAAUUUAUUUACCUUGUCCUUCUUUGUUCAUUUCUUCCUAUCGUCCUCCGUGAGUGGGUUCGUGUUGGAUACCUUUGGAGAAAAGGUCUGUUUUGUAAGUGGCCAAAUCAUCCUAGCAGGAGCAUUUCUAUCCCUAGCAGUGUUGAAGUUUUCCUACGUAUGGUAUUUGUUCUUUUUAAUGUUGGGUGUUUCAGCCGAUUUGUGUUUCAUUCCAUUGUUAAAGAUCUCCAAGUACUUCCCUGGAAAGGAGUCCCUAAUAUUUGGAAUCCUUGGUGCAGCCAGAUCUACAGGGUUUGCCAUUGCGUUGCUUUUAAAAUAUGCCUUUUUCUACGCGUACAAUUUUAAGGAAAACGAGUUCUACAUUUUGUGUAUAGUCUACCUCUGCGUAUGUAGCUUGUAUUCAUUCCUUGUGGGAAUUUUUAUCGUACCGGGUAAGAACACAGAGCAUUCAGAACUGAACAGUGAAUUAGCCACAGGAUCAUCAAACCCAGAGAAGAAAAGAAACAUAAGUGUUAUGAACGAAAUGGACAGAAUGGAAAGUGCAGAUAAAAAAUUAUACGAUAAUGAACCAUGUUGUAAAUUUUCAGAUAAAAUAAAAACGUUAUGGAAUCAUCCUCAAAAAUGGGAAUAUUUAAUCACUUUAUUUAUAUGCAGUUCAAGUAUGAUUAGAUUUGAUUAUUUUAUAAAAACCAAUAGAUCCAUUUUAAUAUGGAAAGAUUAUGACCUGACGACCAUAUUUUCUCUCUCCACUAUUAUGUCCUUCCUCCCAACCCCAUUAUUUGGCUACCUGGCUGGAAAGUUUGGUUCCAUAUACAGCAUAUUAACAAAUAACGUGUUUGUAUUUCUUACUUAUAUUUUGAUCCUAUUUGAUGGAUACAUUUUCAGAUUGAUGGCCAUCAUUUUGUUUUUCUUUUACAUAUCUUUCGUUUUCUCCUGUUUCUAUUGCUAUGUGGAUGAGAAAUACUCGAAGGAGCAUUUCGGAAAGUUGUGCGGAAUUAUGUUUGCAGUUAGUGCACUUUGCCUCAUUAUAAAUUUUUACCUCACCUACUUGACCGAUGUUGUUUAUAUGUACCUGGGUGAGAAGAAGCAUUUCCCAGUGACUUAUGGUCUGAACGUCCUCGGAGUUGUCACACUGCUGUGUUGCUUGUAUUUAAAAAUCAAGGAGAAGAAAAAGUGA